AUGCGCUCUCGCUCACACGCCACAUACCUCGGUGCAAUCGGUAUCUCUGCUAUUCACUGCUCACAUACUCUCUUUCCCCCCACUUGCCGCCCUCCUUCCCCCUACUUACCGCCCUCCUUCCCCCCACUUGCCGCCCUCCUUUCGCCCACUUACCGCCCUCCUUCCCCACACGUACCGCCCUCCUUCCCCACAUUUACCGCCCUCCUUCCGCCCAUUUACCCUCCUCAUUCGCUCCUCUUACCUUCCUUCAGCCCUCGAAUUACCGCCCUGACUCCCCUUUUUUCCUCCUUCCCCCAACUUACCCCCCACAUUUCCCCGACUUACCUCCCUCCUCCCACCCCCUGGCCAUCCCCCGUCGUUCUCCCCACUUACCUCCCAUCAUCCAACCUCAAUUUACCCUACGCGGGAAAGCAGGAGUGUGGGCGGCAGGAGGGGCGUGUGGUCGUCACGAGAGGAGUGCGGGCGGCAGGGGAGGCGUGUGGGCGGCGCAAGAGGAGUGUGGGCGGCACGAGAGGCGUGUGGGCGGCACGAGAGGCGUGUGGCGUGUGGGCGGCAGGAGGGGCGUGUGGUCGUCACAAGAGGCGUGUGGGCGGCAGGGGAGGCGUGUGCGCAGCACGAGAGAGUGGUGUGUGGGCGGCACGAGAGAGAAGCGUGUGGGCGGCACGAGAGGCGUGUGGGCGGCACAAGAGGCGUGUGGGCGGCACAAGAGGCGUGUGGGUGGCACAAGAGGCAUGUGGGCGGCACAAGAGGCUUGUGGGCGGCACAAGAGGCGUGUGGGCGGCACAACAGGCGUGUGGGCGGCACAAGAGGCGUGUGGGCGGCACAAGAGGCGUGUGGGCGGCACAAGAGGCGUGUGGGCGGCACAAGAGGCGUGUGGGCGGCAUGAGGCGGCGGCCGGGGGUGGCGGGGCUGCAGACGGCAGCAGCAGUGAGGGGGCAGUACCGGUCGCUGGGGGAGGAUGUGGCCAAGCAGCGCCAGGAGUCCCUGCGGCAGCAGCUGGAGACAUUCCGCGGGUUUCUCAUGGAGUUUGCUCAGAAGCACAAGAGCGAUUUCCGCAGCAACCCGGCGUUCAUGGCGCAGUUCCACGCCAUGUGUGCGCAGUGCGGGGUGGACCCCCUGGCCUCGUUCCCCUCUCCCCAUGCUCCCCUUGCUCCCCAUCCUCCCCUCUUGCAGAGCGACAUACGCAGCAACCCGGCGUUCAGGGCGCAGUUCCAUGCCAUGUGUGCGCAGUGUGGGGUGGACCCCCUGGCCUCCAACAAGGGCUUUUGGAACGAGCUGCUGGGCUUCGGUGACUUCUACUACGAGCUCGGCGUGCAGCUGAUAGAGACGUGCAUGGCAACGAGGGCGGACAACGGCGGGAUGAUCAAUCUGGAGGAGCUGCGGCGCCUCGUGGCGGGCAAGCGCCGCAUGCCGCUGGACGCGCUCUCACAUGACGACUGCAUGCGCGCGCUCGCCACCAUCAAGUCCCUAGGAGGAGGGUUUGCGGUGGAGAAGGUGGGGGCGACACAUGUGGUGCGCUCUUUGAGAUCUCAAGAAACCUCCCUUGCCUUCCCAACAAAUUGCUGUCAUCGGCAGUCCCUAGGAGGAGGGUUUGCGGUGGAGAAGGUGGGGGCGACACAUGUGUCCCUAGGAGGGGGGUUUGCAGUGGAGAAGGUGGGGGCGACACACGUGGUGCGCUCGCUGCCUCGAGAGCUCAGCACCGACCAGAACGACAUCCUCCGCCUCGCACAGGCGCGUGGGUGUGUGAGCAUCGCGGAUAUUCUCUCCGCCACGGCAUGGCAGCACGGCCGAAUCAACGAUGCUCUUGACGCCCUCCUCAAGGAGGGCAUAGCCAUGGUGGAUGAUGGGGAUCCUGAUGGUCAACGGCGCUACUGGUUUCCAUGCUUUGACAUCGCUGCACCGGCAUCUCUUUAA